AUGGCAUCCCGCUCCCCAACGUCGACUCCAAGAUCCUCUCCAAGGUCAUCGAGUACUGCAAGAAGCACGUCCAGCUCUACUGCAAACGCCGCCCCGGUUGAGGACCUCAAGAGCUUUGACGCCGAGUUCGUCAAGGUCGACCAGGCCACCCUCUUAGACCUCAUCCUCGCUGCAAACUACCUCAACAUCAAGGGAUUGCUCGACCUUACUUGCCAGACUGUUGCCGACAUGAUCAAGGGAAAGACUCCGGAGGAGAUCCGCAAGACUUUCAACAUCAAGAAUGACUUCACACCCGAGGAGGAGGCCGAGAUACGCAGGGAGAACCAGUGGGCUUUUGAUCCUAAUUAG